GGACUGCAGGCAUCCGCUUCGGAAAACGCUAUUUUUAUGAGCAAUAACGUCCACAAAUGUAUGUGGAACGUAUGUAAGAAUUCUAGGAACAGCUAGUCACUAGUCAGCGUAGCGUAUGCUACCAGUGGCAUUAACAGCUAGAUUGUUGUUUUAGAGGUCCAAACGUGUAACUAGUUAUGCAAUAUAUUAUUCACUGAUAAAUAUAUAUGCGUGAUAACUUAGUUGUUGUCAACAUCUCAGGGUCGUCUAAAAUUAUCGUGUCGUCAUCGCUUUCGUCUAAGGAUAAUUAACUUGUAGUUAUUUGACUUCCGUGGACCUCAAGUGGCAACGUGGGAUAUUUGUGUUGCUACAUCGGGGUAGAUCCACCCAACCGUAUCAGGCUUGGGCGCUCACUACCGUACCUUAACUGGAGGAUUCCAGAGGCAGGUUCCGCUUCGGGGCUCCCGAUUGCGGAUCUCUAAAAUUUAGGGAAGCACCAUGGAGGACGCAGCCCAUAUGGACCCACCUUAUGCCUCUCCCGAAGCUGGGUUGGAGGAUGGUGCGAGUCCGCUUGUUGAUAACGAGGAGAAUUACUCCUACAGUUCUGAGCAGCAGGUAGUAACGCUACCUGAGGUGUCUUUGAAUCCACCGGAUAAUGGUGAAGCCAAUGAAGAUGUGCAAUACGGAGUGCCGAAUGCCGAUGAACAGCAUCUGUAUGAUGGCAAUGUUGGUGACUAUCAGCCUGGAGAAGGGCACGCUCACUCAGGUGGAUAUGGUGACCAAGGAUGGCACAAUGCGUCUUACAUGGGCAUGCCUCAAGAUGGUAUGCAUUACAACCCUGAUGUUUCUCACGAUGCACAUAUGGGUUACGGAGCGGCAGGAUAUGAUAUGUCUGGCGGUAUGGUGGCAUCUUACGCCGGUGUUGUGGGUGAUAACUCCCUGCAAUCUGGUGACGCUUCUCACAUGCACCCUGGGAUGAUGGACCCUAAUCAGCAUGACAUGAUGCAAGGUCACCAGAUGUCAUCCAAAUUGGACCAGGACGGGUCGGAUGCUCCAAGGCGCGCAUUGUCAAAAGGCCGAAAGAACAAGGACGAGGCCAAUGAGUUGGUGCGUCGUGCUAAGUUGCUCCCCAAGGUUAUGGGAGUGCGGUAUGACGCAAACCAUCAAUACUGGGUUGCUACGUGGUACCAAAAUCGCAAGAGGAUGGACCGCUACUUCUCCGUAGGUCGUUUCGGUUUCGAAGAGGCGCGUUUGCUUGCCAUUGACUGCCGUAAAACUGCUGGAAAAAGUCUACAGGGCAAGUCCUACGAUCGUCCUCAAUACUCGAAUAAAGACGUAUCUUCAAAGUCGAGGAAUUCGUACGAAGCUGAUAUUAGUUUGGAAAAGAAUGCCGACUAUUAUGGAGGCUCCGACACCUCGAGGAAAACCAAGGAUUUCAAUCGUCUCAAUGUAUCCAAGGUUGCUCUCAACUACAUAUUAUCAGACCUCUGCAACAACUGUCUUCCUAGCAUCUUGGAAAACAAUCACAUGCCAGGAGAGCUGUACAUCCACUGUUACAACAAGAUAUCAGAUCACUUGCAGAUGAUCAUCACGGCUAAUCAGUCGGAAGAAAUAGAAAAAUAUCUACAUUUAUUCCAGCUUUGUAUCCAGAAUCGAGUGUUGCCCAGCGCGCUACCGGUACAGGAGCAACGCGCGAUGAUCACCACGCUAUGCCAGAUGUAGACAUCCACCCACCCUAAUUUCCACAAAAACCACUUAUAAUAUUAAG